UACAUGGUGUCAGAAUUGGACACAAUACGCCCAGAACUUGUUAAGUGGAAGAAAAACUACGAAAAUUUUUGCAGGAUUGAAACCAACCGUGGAAUUAUCAAGAAAAAACAAGUGGAAACUAGCCACACGUGGAAAUCAGCAACUUGUGGAAGCAGCCGCAGAACAGAAUCCAGUUUUAUCAACGCUAUCUCACACGAUCCGUAACAUUUGUGGAGCAGAGAGCGAAGCAACCAUCCAACGUUACCCUUCGAGAACAUUAUAGUGUCACUGUUGAGUCAAAUGGCUUCAAACACGCGUUUGCCAGAACCACUCGACUGCUCAAAUUUAGCGUGUGACUGGCCAAUAUGGAAACGAACUAUUCUGAUGUUCUUGCUAGCGAACGGCAAGGACAUGGAUCCUGAACCUAAAAAAAUCGCCACAUUUUUAUGGCUAGCCGGACCUAAGGCAGCAGAACUCUACGACGAUGGUACCACAAACGGAAUAGUUGGUGAUCAGACGGGUUCAACAGAACGACAAACGUCAUCGGGCACCCGUACUCUCGAUGAAGUUCUGCAGUCAUUCGAAAACUUUUGCAUUCCUAAAAAAAAUCCAACUAUGGAAUCGUUUAAGUUCAACAACAUUAAGCAAAAAGAAAAGCAGUCAUUCGCAGACUUUGAGACCGAAUUACGCAAGCAAAUACAGUAUUGUGAGUUCAAGUGUGAGUGCGGUAAAUCGUAUGAAAACAGCAUGCUGAUUGACCAAAUCGUCAUCGGUGUCAGCGAUAAAAAAUUGCAAUUGAGGUUGUUGGACACAAAAAAAGAAACACUGCCCGAAAUAGUGGACAAGUGCAAGACAUUUGAAGCGGUACACAAAAACAAAUCCUUGCUGGACAAGACAAUCGUGCAUCAAACAGUGUACUCCGCGGAAUGUGACAUGCCAGAAGUUCGCGCUAUCACACGUCGUUGCUACAACUGCGGCUCGCUUUUCAUACCCGGUCAUCUUAAAGAUUGCCGCGCACGUGGAAUCAGUUGCCAUAAUUGUGGACGCCAAGGCAAUUUCAGCAAAUUCUGCAAGCAGACAACGUCCAAGCCAGAGAGUGGAUUCAAACCGAAGAACUUGUCAGUGAAGCCAAAGAAGUUAUCAGCAGUCAACUGGGCCGAUGAAUCAGGUAACAGUAAUUGUUCCAAUUUUAAACUCAUUUCCAUAGGUGUUUUAUACAGUUUAGCGUUUUGAAUAUUAUAUCGUUUAGCUAAAGAUUCUAUAUACAUUUCUUGGCUUAAAACCAUAGUAUUACAAUUUCCAUAUUCAUAUUCAAUAUCAAUUCCAAUAUAUGUUUUAACUUUACCCAUAUCUUUCAUCUUAAAUUUGUUCCUCAGUUGGUUUUUAAUGUUAAUUAUUUCUCGUAUAUCUUCGCAACUAAUUAUUAGAUAAUCUACAAAUAAUAGUAAAUAUGUGUUUAAACCACUUCUGUUUUUAACAUAAAGACAAUAAUCAUAUUUGCACCUGCGAAAACCAAUUGUAGUAACAAAUUCGUUUACACAUUCAUACCAAGCACGAGGGCUUUCUUUUAACCCAUAUAAAGACUUUUUUAAUUUAUAUACCCUGCCUGAACUAUCUUCAAAGCCGAUUGGUUGUUUCACAUAUACUUCCGAUAACACCUUUCCAUUUAAAAAAGCAGUUUCGACAUCCAUUUGGUGAACUUCUAAACUAUUUUGACAACAGUAAGCUAAUAACAACUUUAAUGUUUGCAUUUUAGCGACCGGGGCAUAAGUAUCAUCGACACCAUCGGUUUGC